UUCACAUCCUGUCGUUUGCAAGUGGUUUUGGUGUUCAAAGGCUAUUGCAUUCUUUUAUUAAAUCAGAACUGUGAGGCAGAUGUGCUAAGCAGUCGUGCACCGUGCCGCCACUACUACUACUACUACUACUACUAUUACUACUACUACUGCAUUUCGCGGGCACUGUGUUAUGACGUCACUAUUGUGCGCAGGUCAUAGUGACCACAACAAUGGCCGCGGUUGACGGCCGACGUCUUAAUCUCGAGGAUUUUGUCGGACUAAAUUGGAGUUGCUGGGUGGACGGAGUGAAUAUUUUGACAUCGGACGCUGGGACGUGUCCACAAGGAGCCAGCAAGUAUGGGAGGAGGUGCCGUGAGAGCAUGAGCCUCUGGAAAGAAGACAUGCACAUCUAUGGCGAGUUUCCCUCCCGUGACAACUUCUACUUGGUGGUGUGCAGCCACUGUGGCCAAGUGGUGAAGCCACAAGCCUUUGAGAGACACUGCGAGAGGCGACACAGCCUUCUCCCCAAGACGUGCACACAGUGGCGUUGCUUGGCCCCUCAGCCGCGACCUCGCCCCGGCUGCCCUGUCAACCUUUUCCCCUCCACGGAGGAUGUUGGACAUCUGGCAGAAUUGACUUUCAGCUCCAAUGUGGCCUCCCCUUGCCAGCAAUACAAGCCUGUCAACGGCCAAAAGGAAGAUGGGAGUCUGUCUUCAGCAGUGAACCUGCCCAUUCCUCACCAGUCUGCUUCCAUACUUCAGAGCGGGGGUCCUCCGUCUCAGCCCCCAGGCCUCGGUUGUUCCUCUUCGUCCACUAUCUCACCCUCAAAGAGAGCCCCUACGCUUGCAGCCGAGCGCUCAAGUGACUCUCCUGCUCCACCUCUGCAGGGAACAAUAACCCACAGCCGGAUUUGCAGAAAUGCUGAAAAGCAAGAUUGGGACCUGAAGAAUCAAAGCUGUGCACCAGAUUCACAAGGACAGAAAACACCCAGCAAACGAGUAUGCAAUACUGAAGGUGCCUCGGUGGCCUUGAUGCGGCAUGCUGCAGGUCGACAUGUGGAGCAGCAUCAUUUGGACAAACAGAAAAUAGCAAAUGUGAAAAACUGCCACAUUCUCAGGGCUACAUCACAAAGGUUUCCAGAAGACGAGGCAGAUGGCACAGUCAGCGUGGAGGUCCAAACCCCGUACCCCUUCAACCAGGGCCUCCUCUCCAGCGAGGAGAACGAGGAUAACGAGGGAGAGGACGCCAUUGACCUGCCUGCAACAUCUUGGCACCCCAAACCUCUUGGUCUAUGCACUUUUGGAUGCCGCACGCUUGGAUGCAGCCUCUUCACCUUCGACAGACGCCUGCACCACCUGCGCUUUGCCCUCGCUGCCAUGUUGGAGCGUCAUGUUAGCUCCCACCUGUGGAAGAAGAUACCUCAAGCGUCAUCAACUCUCAGGUCACCUCAUGUCGCAGGUUCUUCUGUCCAGAUUGGUCGCGCACGCUCCCGCAGCCUCGCUGCCUCUACCUCACACCUGGAAAGCACACCUCAGGGUACCAAAGUGCCACGACCAACCAAAGGUCACGCCUCCGGUGGGAAAAAGUCGCACCAUCCUCUUAGCUCAAGCUCCAACCGCAGGCCUCUUGGACAAAAGCGAAAAUGCGACGGUGACUCGCAGCCUCUCAAGUGUCAACGUUUGAGCCCCUUUCCUUCCUCUUGGACGGGAGAUGGCGUCAGAAAUUUGCUGUCAUGUGCUCCUGGCAAUGGAAAGAGGUCUAAAAGAGCACAAAAGACGAUGGAAAAAAGAUGAAGCGGGGAUUAGCGAUCAAGACUGGCCCCCAGUAGCAAAAAUUCAUCAGUAGUGGACCCCCCCCAAAGAAUUUUUUUUACAAUUGACUAUAUUGAUAGUUUAAACCCUAAAUAUACCCUAAACUAUGAUGCCAAAACACUUGAAUAUAAUUUCAAACUAAUCUUACAACAUUGACUAUAUGAAGAAAUGGUUUGCAACAAUUCUCACACUUACUAAGUCGAAAGUUAAAGUUGCUGACCACGAGUGACGGCUAACGACCACUAGUGACCACUAACAGCAGCAAAAUGGCGCUAACAACCACUAGUGAACGCUAACGACAACUAAUGACAGCUGACGACAGCCAACGACUGCUUACAAGUAACAACAGGUAGUGAUCGCCAGUGAGUAGAAUACGAGGAUGCUAGGACACAAGCACACUAAGGCGCAAGUAGGCUAUGUCUACAGCUUGAAAAUGCAUCUUCCCUUUGGAUCGUCCGCUGGUGCGGCCGCUUUACAGCGCCUCGUUGUUGCGGCAAGGGAAAGCACCAAGGUGAGAUAUAUUCCAGCCACCGGAGGCUUUUACAGUGUUACACCACUAUUCACGGAGGAUAGGGAUCGGGCCGGGCAGCGAAUAGCGAAAAUCUGCAGAUAAUUGACGGCCGUUAUAAUUGCAUUUAACAAAUUUUAAAUGUUUUAAAAAAACAACACUGACAGCAAAACCUAAAAUCCAGGAUUAGGUGUAUCCGUGGGUGUCAUAGUAUGAGUAUGCAGUGGGUAGAGUAGCCAAAUAUGGUACUCAAGUCAGAGUACUGUUACUUUUGAAUAAUAUGACUCAAGUAAAAGUAAAAAUUACUCCUCCAAAUAUUUCCUUGAGUGAGAGUAAGAAAGUACUCAGUGAAAAAAAACUACUCAAGUAAAGAGUAACUGGUGAGUCCAAGAUGAAGUAAAAAAAUAGAUUGCGCAUGCAAUCAUGGAUAAUAAAAGUAGCGAGCGGCAAGUCGAUCAUUUUAGUGGAGUAAAAGUAUUGGUUCUUCUUAACAUCAGUAAAAAGUAUGGGGUAUUCAAACUACUCUGACAAGUACAUCCAUCCAUCCAUCCAUUUUCUGAACUGCUAAUCCUCACUAAGGGUUGUGGGUGUGCUGUAGCCUAUCCCUGCCGACUCUGGGCGAGAGGCUGGGUGCACCCUGAACUGGUCGCCAGCCAGUCGCAGGGCACACAUACACAAACAACCAUUCGUACUCACAUUCACACCUAUGGACAAUUUAAAGUCUUCAAUCAACCUUCCAUGCAUUAUUUUUGGAAUGUGGAGGAAACCCAGUACCCGGAGAAAACCCAUGCAGAUACAGGGAGAAUUCCACACAGGCUCUGACAAUACAAUUUAUCCAAAAUGUUACUUGAGUAAAUGUAACAGAGUAAACGUAGCGCGUUACUACCCACCUCUGGUGGUGGUCCACUGUAUAUAUUUUUGCAUCUCAUAAGUAUGUAGUUGUAUGUAUGUAGGCAUAAGAAAGAUGCCAGACGAAAGCUGGCAGGUAUAUUGGCUAAUAGUGAUAUUUGAUGUGAGGCGUGGUUUCAGCGUACUGAGCGGACACGCUCAGUGUUUGAGAGCAGAGGCAAGUACUAGAUUUUUCUUUAUUUUUAAGCCUCAUUUUAAAUACUUUGUGAUUUAUUUAUUUAUUUUUUAAUCAUUCAAAUUUGGCAGAGUUGUGACCAACACUUCUCUGUGGUGUGUCAAAUUGAGAAGACAUUUUCACUCUACCAAGACUUAAAAUCAAUCAAGGUCUUCUUCUUGUCCUUUCGGCUUGUCCUGUUAGGGGUCGCCACAGCGUGUCAUCCUUUUCCAUGUGAGCCUAUCUCCUGCAUCCUCCUCUCGAACACCAACUGCCCUCAUGUCUUCCCUCACGACAUCCAUCAACCUUCUCUUUGGUCUUCCUCUAGCUCUCUUGCCUGGCAGCUCCAUCCUCAUCAUCCUUCUACCAAUAUACUCACUAUUUCUCCUCUGGACGUGUCCAAACCAUUGAAGUCUGCCCUCUCUAAUUUUGUCUCCAAAACAUCGAACCUUGGCUGUCCCUCUGAUGAGCUCAUUUCUAAUUUUAUCCAACCUGGUCACUCCGAGAGCAAACCUCAACAUCUUCAUUUCCGACUUAAAAUCAAUCAAGGUGACUGACUAAAAUCAUUUAAGACGACUCACUAAUUCAAGGCUCUCAUCUAUAUUUGCUGCAAGCGGCUAUGCCUCGUCAUCAAGUCAAAAACACUUGAUUAGAGACUAGUCCCCAUAACUUAAUUGUGGUGUAUUAUAGUUGACUAGUCCGUACAACCCGUAACAAGUACACAAGUGAAAAGUCCACUGAGACACAAGAAGGCGCAGAUACAAGUCUAGUAGGACAUAAGCCACGAGGACACAAGUACACAAAGUAGUUACCCCUGUUCGUAUACAGUACAGGGGCCAAAGGUCAUUAAAUUAACAAACGGGCUCGGCUUGACUUCUAUUUAUGUCUCAGCGGAUGUACAUAAAAAUACCUCAUCAUCAACAUGCUAAUGAAAUACAAAUUUUAUUUACUUUGUUUUUUCUGUCCGAAAAUAAAGGCUACAAGCUAAAGAUCCUCACAAGAGUACAGCUUUCCUUUUAUGAAAUCAAAUAUUAUUGCUGGGGGGGACUAAAUGCUGUUCAUGUCAUUUCAUGGUGUUUUGCGAUUGGUUGGUUCGUUCACAACAGCGAUACAAAGGCCCUGUGAGAGGAUUUCUCUCGAUUUCUGACACUAAUUCAUAUCACUCUGUCGUCAUCUUUCUUGUCUUACUUGGAUGUACCACCACCGCUUUUCACCUACCAUGGGCCGUUUUCCCUCGACAUUGCGCCUCCUUCUUCUGAGACACUUGUGUAGAGCAGGCUUGAAUACUCAACCAGUUGAGUGUGUGUGUGACCACGUUUCUUGCUUUUAGAAACCAACACAAAUGGAGGGUUAAAGUGACAGCACUAAUCUAGUCCUCAGGGUAUCACAACUGGUUUGUGUAACUGAAUUAAUGCAGAUCAAAUACUCUUUUCUCUUCAUCUGUAACCUUUAAAACAUCUUCAAAUAAAGCCACCGCAAAGAUGA